AAAAAAGAGAAAAUCGAUUUCAUCACCACUCAUAUUGCUUCAGUGUUACUCAACGAUCCCAAUGCAGCUUCAGCAUCACUUGAAGAAGAUUCAGAGUCAGAUGAUUCCACAAUGGAAUCCAGUGACACUGACAAGGACAUUGUCAUUGCUGACACACUUGCGCCAAAUUCUGAUGCAGAUACCUCAACCAGUGAAUCCGAUUACGACAGCAUCAACAGUGAACCUGAUGUUGAAUCAAUGUUUACAACAACAACAAGGAGUGGACGAAUUGCAACAAACUGGAGAGUGAGAGAUUUUGUAAGUAGAAUUGUAUAA